AUGGCCAGCCCGUCCGAGAGCAAGGGUUUCGACUCGAUUCCCGAGGCGAUCCAGGCGUUCCGUGACGGCCAGUUCAUCGUCGUGGUAGACGAUCCGCGGCGGGAGAACGAGGGCGACCUGAUCAUCGCGGCCGAGGACGUGACGACCGAGCAGAUGGCCUUUCUGGUGCGCCACUCGUCGGGCAUCAUCUGCGCGCCGCUGUUGCCGGCACGGGCAGCCCGCCUGGGCCUGCCGCCCAUGGUGGCCGACAACGAGGAUGUGCGGGGGACGGCCUACACCCUGACCGUGGACGCGGCCGACGACGUGGUGACGACGGGCAUCAGCGCCCACGACCGCGCCCUGACAUGCCGGCGGCUGGCUGACGACGACGCCGUGCUGGCUGCCGUGGCCGGCUCUGGCCCUUCGGCCUUCCGUCGGCCAGGUCACGUGCUUCCGCUACAGGCUCGUCUCGGUGGCGUUUGCGAGCGUCGCGGCCAUACUGAGGCUGCCGUCGACUUCUGCCGGCUGGCCGGCAAGCGCCGUGUCGCCGUCAUCUCCGAGCUUGUUGACGACGGUGACGCCGUGCCCGGCCAGGCUAUCCGCACCGGCUCUGACAUGCUUCGCGCCGACGGCUGCAUCGCCUUUGCCCGCACCUGGGGGCUCAAGGCCUGCACCAUCGCCGACCUCGUCGCCUACCUCGAGCAGACCCGGCCGCAGAAGUUUGCCGGGCCGCAGGAAGAUGAGGCCUAG